CGUGACUUGAAUGAAAACGUGAGAAAGAAAUAUAUGCUAAAUGCAGAAAGUACGCGUUUAGCCUGUUCUGAGAAAACGUCACACGAGAGAUGGACGGAAAGCGUUCGAAUACAGAGCCAGGGGAUAUCCUGAGAAAGAUUGGAGAACUGACCCGAUCCAUACUCGAACACAUAUGCAGUGGUCGAUUGCCAUCGGUUUACAUCGAUCGGUUCAGAAAUUACUGCACGGAUGCUACUGGAAACUGUUUUUGCAGCUCUGACUUGGCCAUUGGGAAGGAAGUGGUAACACUACAGAGGGAAUGCCAUGCACGUAGGCUUGAUGUCUUGCUUAGGGUCCUCCUCAUUGUUCAGCAGCUUCUGCAAGAAAGCAAGCAUAGUUCAAAAAGAGACAUAUAUUAUAUGUAUCCUUCUGUUUUUCAAGAACAGUCAGUUGUGGAUAAAGCAAUAAAUGACAUUUGUAUACUUCUCCAUUGCAGUCGCCACAAUUUAAAUGUGGUUCCAGUUGGAAAUGGAUUAGUGAUAGGCUGGUUGAGAUUCACAGAAGCCGGAAGGAAAUUUGAUUGCAUGAGCAGUCUUAAUACAGCUUACCCUAUUCCCGUGCACACUGAAGAAGUCAAAAAUAUAAUUAGUGCUGCACACUAUGUACUAGUUGUAGAGAAAGAAUCAGUGUUCCAGCGAUUAGCAAAUGAUCUGUUUUGCAACAGACACCGCUGCAUCAUUAUCACAGGAAGAGGUUAUCCAGAUGUGCCCACAAGAAGGUUUUUAAGGCUUCUUAUUGAAAAGCUAAGUCUGCCUGCUUAUUGCUUGGUAGAUUGUGAUCCAUAUGGCUUUGACAUAUUGACCACAUAUCGUUUUGGUUCUAUGCAAAUGGCCUAUGAUGCAAAAUUUUUACGCAUCCCUGAUAUGCACUGGCUUGGAGCUUUUCCUUCAGAUUCAGAGAAAUAUGGUCUUCCCAAGCAGUGCCUCCUCCCUUUGACAGCAGAAGGUGAGACAAGUCCAAAAUUAAAGCAAUGUUGCAAAGAUGUUACCUACAGCGGGAAGUACCACAUUGGAGGUAGAUUCCGUGACUUCUGUUUCUUUUGGGUAUCUUGCUGAGUCACUACAAUUCUUAAACUAACCAUAUAUAAUUGUGAAAAUGUGGUUGUGGUCUCGUGUAAGGUUGGAACUAACGUUGCUACUGGAAAGAGGAGUAAAAUUCGAGAUCGAAGCAUUAUCUGUGCACUCAAUUUCCUUCUUGUCUGUGGAAUACAUCCCAACAAAGAUCAAAGAAGUGCUGCACAUCUAAGCUUUUUAACAUUUCAAUUUUCCAUGCAACCAUAUAGAAAUAACCGGCUUACUGAUGUAGACAAUUCUUGUGUUUAUUACUAAUUCAGUUGAAACAACAACAACACAAUGCUUAAUCCAACUGGUGGGGUGAGCUAAAUUUGAGAAAACAACUUAUUAUAAAAAUCCUUAAGGGUUAUGGGGCUGUAUUACCUUGACUCGUUAGAGAACUGUCCAAAGAGCUCUAUCUAAAUUUGACAUUUUGUUAACUGUCAUGUACCUGGGGGUUCAUUUGAGCCUAUUUCACGUAUUCCUGCUUAAUAAUCUCUGGUGUUCAAUGGCUAUUUAUAACACUAGGGAUAUGAGUUGUAAAAUUGUUGUGCCUUCAUUUUAUUGUCCCAAACAAAUUGGCUGUUGUCAUAUUGAGUUUGAUCUUUCUUCGUGACGGUUUGACAACUUUUAGGGUGAAAGAUGUUAUGUGGUCCUAGGGCUAGUUGUGCUUUCAGAUUUUUCCAUACAGAAGGCUGUGCACUUAGAUUUUUUUUUUUUUUUUAGGUAAUCUUCUACAUGUCUAUAGAAAAAAAGAAAGAAAAAGUUGUCACAAUGGGGUGACUAAUAAGUUGCCUAUAACAAAUCUGUUAAUUUUCUUGUAUUCUUUUGUCUGUUUUCCGAGUUGUAUCC